CUGGGUUCUGGGAAAAGACCAGAUUGCAUCAGACAAGGCCUGAGGGGCUGGAGCCAGACUGUGGGCUGGAGGAGGAGACAUGGCUUUAUAAGUUGGAGCCAGUGAACUGGGAGGUGUCAGGAAAUCAGACACAAACAAAGCUUUAGAAGAGAGAGAGAGAGAGCUCACACAAGAGUAAGUUAGACAUUAUGGCCACCUUCCCGCGAGCAGCCAGCCCGUCCAGGCAGUCCCUCGGCCCAGAGGACGAAGAACCCAGCCUGGACGAGUAUGACCUCUACAGCCUGGCUCAUUCUUGCCUGGGGGUGGGAGGCCGGAAAGGUCGCACCAAGAGAGAAGCUGCUGCCAACACCAACCGCCCCAGCCCUGGUGGGCACGAGAGGAAACUGAUGACCAAGCUCCAGAACACGGAGCGGAAGAAGCGAGGGGCACGGCGCUGAGACAGAACAAGAUGAGGCCAGAGCAUGGACACCCCACAGCGAUGGAGACAGGACCGUGGAAUCAGCACCUGGGGGCAGGAUCCAGGCCUGCUGGCCCCCCCACCCCCAGGCCUUACCCUACCUGACUGAGGCUCAAAGGGGCCACCAAGGAAGCACCCCCGGCCCCAGAAAAAGGAAAAGAUGGGGAGCAAGAGGCAGAGAAUAGAGAGAGGCAGAAUCAUGAAGUUCCCACCCCCCCAAAAGAAAGAUGCCGAAGAAACCAAAGCUCCCUGGUGACAGUGACAAUAAACAAAGUACAGCAGCUGCA